AUGCCCCCUCCUGACGACACAUCAAGCGCCUAUAACUUUAUGGACGCACGUCCUUCCAUGAUUAAAGGAAUAGAACACCCAAAGGAGGUUCCUGGACGACCCACCGGGUUGCUAACAUCGCGUCGCAUUCGAACUCUGAUGGGCAUUGACGUGACUACCAUGGACGACAGGCUUGAAAUGCCCGCAAAGAGGCCGCGCGUUGAGGGCUCGAGCACGACGAUGCGAAGCAUCGAUGUUAUCUGUCUCUGGCUGGUCCAGGACGGUCGUGACAUCGCCGAUAAUGCUUCGCUCCGUUCCUGUGGAAAGCGGAUCAAAAUUGGGAGCUUGAUGAGGCAUUUGUCGCUGCAUCUCGUCCUCAUCAUCUCUCUGUUUCUGGGUCAACCUUGGCUUCUGGCUCUGCCUCUCGGUCUGUCUCUGGCGGCUCCAGGCGCUCAACCCCGACUGUGA